GCCUGUGAUUGGCUGGUGAUUGCGCACGCAGCUGAGAAGGUGUCAGGUGAGGCGGAAGUGAAGUGUUUUUCAGGGCACAAAAUGACCGCGCGUCGUCUCACCUGUCGCAGGUAAACAUCCCGAGCUCGCGACGCAGAAAAUGAACAACCCCAUUCCUUCCAACCUGAAAUCAGAAGCCAAGAAAGCAGCUAAGAUCCUCAGAGAAUUCACUGAAAUCUCCAACAGGAAUGGGCCGGACAAACUUAUCCCAGCUCAUGUCAUCGCCAGGGCUGAGGGGCUGGCCAUCAUCUCUGUGGUCAAGGCUGGCUUCGUGAUCACAGCCAGAGGAGGCAGCGGCAUCGUCAUCGCCAGGCUGGCUGACAGACGUUGGUCUGCUCCUUCUGCAAUUGGUAUCGCUGGCCUGGGCGGUGGCUUCGAAAUUGGUGUGGAGGUGUCCGAUCUAGUGAUUAUCCUAAACCAGCGUCGAGCCAUCGAUGCCUUCACAAAAGGCGGGAACUUGACCCUGGGUGGGAACUGCACGGUUGCGGUCGGUCCAAUUGGCAGGAACGUGGAGGCUGAUGUUGCCCUGCGCAACAUGUCUGCCAUCUACACCUACUGCCGCUCCAGAGGUUUGUUUGCCGGCAUCUCUCUGGAGGGCUCCUACCUGAUUGAACGCAAAGACACCAACCGCAAGUUCUACGUCCGGAGCGUGCGAGCGUCUGGCAUCUUGAACGGCGACGUGGAGCCGCCGCAGGAGUGCUACGACCUCUACCACAUCUUAGACGCCUACACGGAUGCUUAUGUAGAUGACUGGACCAGCAAAAAUGCCCCCGUAAAGUCGUCACGUCCUCCAGCCAGACCUCCAGCUCCAUCCCAGCAGCGAGCAGCAACCAGCUUCCGGACACCAGCAAACACUGCAAAUAAAAAGUCUCUCUACCCGAGUGUGUCCAUCUACAAAUCUGAAACCUCAGCAGAAAGAGGAGCAGCUGCGCCAGUGGGCGGAGCUAGUGGAACCCUCGUGGUCACAGCGGUCCACCCGUUCACGGGUCAGAAUCCUGGUGACCUGACCUUUGUACCCGGUGACCGCAUCUCUGUAAUUACCAAAACCGAGUCCCAGUACGACUGGUGGGAGGGGCAAUUGGCUGAUGGGCAGGUGGGCAUAUUUCCUGCCAACUUUGUCACAUAUUGACCACCUCCACACCUUCCAAUGUCACACCUUAUGUUGCAAUAAUGAAUUAAUUAGGGUUCAUGUUUUUAAACUAAAAUGCGUGCUUUAAAAUACAAAUAAAAUAU